AUGUCGGUAGUGCACGGUAUUCGGACGCUUGGUGUCCUCGGUGCAGGACAAAUGGGUCUCGGCAUUGCCUACGUCUCCGCUCUUCAUGCACGAGUGCCGGUGAUGUUGUUUGAUCGCUCAACGGCUCAGAUUAAAAGCAGCCUUGCGCUCAUGGACAAGCUUCUCACCAAAGACGUGUCCAAGGGGAAAAUCACGUCGGAACAAGCGUCCGUCGCGCGCGAGCGCGUGAGCGUGAUAUCCCAGGAGGAAGGAAUCAAAGGCAUGCGCGACGUGGAUAUGGUAAUCGAGGCCGUCUCAGAGAAUUUACCCCUGAAACAGACAUUAUUCCGGACACUCGCCGCCGAAGUCUCUCCAGAAGCCAUCCUCGCCUCGAACACAUCCUCUAUAAGCAUGACAAAAAUUGCAGCUUGCAUUGUUGCCGAGGGCCAGGCUGCCUCUGUGGAGGGGAAGAAGAGUGCUUCUCGAGUUGUCGGCCUUCAUUUCUUCAACCCUGUCCCAGUAAUGAAACUCGUUGAGUUGAUCUCGGCGCUUCAAACGUCGCCAGAAACCCUGGCGCGUGCUAAGAAUUUUGCAGAAGCAUGCGGGAAGGAAGUAACAACGUCCAAGGACGUGCCCGGCUUCGUCUCCAAUGCACUUCUAAUGCCGUUUAUCAACGAGGCUAUCAUGUGUCUCGAGAAGGGCACAGCGACACGCGAUGAUAUCGACAAGACGCUCAAGCUCGGGAUGAACCACCCAAUGGGGCCACUGCAGCUAGCCGAUUUCAUCGGCCUGGACACAUGCCUUGCGAUUCAGCAGACGCUUUACGCCGGAACUAGUGACUCCAAGUACCGCCCAAGUAUCCUUCUGGAGCGCAUGGUUGACGCGGGUUGGCUGGGCAAGAAGAGCGGGAAGGGCUUCUAUGAGUAUCCGCAGUGA